UGGCUCCCAUCAAGCCACUGCAAUCUCUGUCAACUAACGUUCUUCCCCGCACACCACCCAUGUCGUCUUUCGAAGCUAAGAUAAUCCCCUUACCAGGCCACCUGCCCAACACCACCUCCGACGCACAGCGCGUCUUUCAGGUUCUUCAAGCCGGAGGUAUCGUCAUCGGUCCCACUGAAGUCGGCUACGGCCUACUAGCCUCGUCCGUGGAGGCGAUCGAGAAGGCCUUCGCCGCGAAACAACGUCGGCCAGGCCAUGUCCAAGGACUUAUUGGGUCUUAUGAGCUGCAUCAUGAGCUUCAUGUUCUCGAACCGGACAGAUUUGAAAUGACUCGUGUCUUGACUGAGGAUUUCGAUAUGGGGCUGGGGAUCGUGGCGCCGUAUGAUCCAGAUCAUCCGAUUCUGGCCAAGUUUACUCCGCACACGCUCUCCAAUGCGGUCAAGGAUGGCAAGAUCGCGAUGUUUGUUGGCGGGGGGUCACUGUUGCGGGAGAUUUGUCGGUUGAAUUAUGAGGCUGGGCAGGUGAUGGUGGGCUCGAGUGCGAAUCUGACCGGGCGGGGACAGAAGUUUCGGGUGGAGGAUAUUGAGGAUGAGAUUAAGGAGGUCGCGGAUUUGAUUGUUGAUUAUGGGCUGCAGCGAUACCAUGUGUAUGGGCGGCCGUCGAUUGUCAUAGACUUUGAGGAGAUGAAGGUGCUUCGCAUGGGGUCGUGCUAUGAGUUGUUUAGAGAGAGGAUGCGCCGGUUCUGGGAGGUGGAGUUGCCCGAGGAUCCGGUGUAUAAGACUUAGUUACUGGUAGAUUAUAAAGGGGUAAAUAGAAUAGAUGAUAGAC